AUGUUUUCUGGCUUGAGGUCGCGAUGCACUAUGCCCGUGCGAUGCAUUGCAUGUACUGCCAGCAGCAACUGCCUGGGGGGUGGAAAGGGCAACAGGAGGCAACAAGGGCAACGUGCGACUGAGCAGCUAGCAGCCACACUACUGUCCACAAGGACAGCGGUGCAUAGGGGUGGGCGUUGCUUGCGAGGUACUCCUGCCACAACCGCUCCCCCUCACGCCCUCUACCCUCACGCCCGCACACUCUCACGCCCUCACGUCCUCGCCUUGCCAGGGGCAGCUGUGUGCAUCGCGCCAGGGGCAGCUGUGUGCAUCGCGCCAGGGGCAGCUGUGUGCAUCGCGCCAGGGGCAGCUGUGUGCAUCGCGCCAGGGGCAGCUGUGUGCAUCGCGCCAGGGGCAGCUGUGUGCAUCGCGCCAGGGGCAGCUGUGUGCAUCGCGCCAGGGGUAGCUGUGUGCAUCGCGCCAGGGGCAGCUGUGUGCAUCGCGCCAGGGGCAGCUGUGUGCAUCGCGCCAGGGGCAGCUGUGUGCAUCGCGCCAGGGGCAGCUGUGUGCAUCGCGCCAGGGGCAGCUGUGUGCAUCGCGCCAGGGGCAGCUGUGUGCAUCGCGCCAGGGGCAGCUGUGUGCAUCGCGCCAGGGGCAGCUGUGUGCAUCGCGCCAGGGGCAGCUGUGUGCAUCGCGCCAGGGGCAGCUGUGUGCAUCGCGCCAGGGGCAGCUGUGUGCAUCGCGCCAGGGGCAGCUGUGUGCAUCGCGCCAGGGGCAGCUGUGUGCAUCGCGCCAGGGGCAGCUGUGUGCAUCGCGCCAGGGGCAGCUGUGUGCAUCGCGCCAGGGGCAGCUGUGUGCAUCGCGCCAGGGGCAGCUGUGUGCAUCGCGCCAGGGGCAGCUGUGUGCAUCGCGCCAGGGGCAGCUGUGUGCAUCGCGCCAGGGGCAGCUGUGUGCAUCGCGCCAGGGGCAGCUGUGUGCAUCGCGCCAGGGGCAGCUGUGUGCAUCGCGCCAGGGGCAGCUGUGUGCAUCGCGCCAGGGGCAGCUGUGUGCACCGCGCCAGGGGCAGCUGUGUGCAUCGCGCCAGGGGCAGCUGUGUGCAUCGCGCCAGGGGCAGCUGUGUGCAUCGUGCCAGGGGCAGCUGUGUGCAUCGCGCCAGGGGCAGCUGUGUGCAUCGCGCCAGGGGCAGCUGUGUGCAUCGCGCCAGGGGCAGCUGUGUGCAUCGCGCCAGGGGCAGCUGUGUGCAUCGCGCCAGGGGCAGCUGUGUGCAUCGCGCCAGGGGCAGCUGUGUGCAUCGCGCCAGGGGCAGCUGUGUGCAUCGCGCCAGGGGCAGCUGUGUGCACCGCGCCAGGGGCAGCUGUGUGCAUCGCGCCAGGGGCAGCUGUGUGCAUCGCGCCAGGGGCAGCUGUGUGCAUCGCGCCAGGGGCAGCUGUGUGCAUCGCGCCAGGGGCAGCUGUGUGCAUCGCGCCAGGGGCAGCUGUGUGCAUCGCGCCAGGGGCAGCUGUGUGCAUCGCGCCAGGGGCAGCUGUGUGCAUCGCGCCAGGGGCAGCUGUGUGCAUCGCGCCAGGGGCAGCUGUGUGCACCGCGCCAGGGGCAGCUGUGUGCAUCGCGCCAGGGGCAGCUGUGUGCAUCGCGCCAGGGGCAGCUGUGUGCAUCGCGCCAGGGGCAGCUGUGUGCAUCGCGCCAGGGGCAGCUGUGUGCAUCGCGCCAGGGGCAGCUGUGUGCAUCGCGCCAGGGGCAGCUGUGUGCACCGCGCCAGGGGCAGCUGUGUGCACCGCGCCAGGGGCAGCUGUGUGCACCGCGCCAGGGGCAGCUGCGUGCACCGCGCAUAGAGGACAGUACAUUUCAGACAUGGGCGAAUGA